GGCUGUUUGGGAGCAGUGAUCGCAACGUCAAGAACACAGUAAAGUCGAAACAGUUCGGAAGCUCACAACAACAAACAGCAGCGUUAUGAAAGCCGUUAUUCUCUCCUCAGUCGCUGUACUGCUACUGGCCACCGUCAGUGUGCAGGCACAGUCAUGCGCAUCACCCGAAUACACCCAGGUUGUUGACAUCGAUUGCUCGAAACUUGGCACAAGGAUCGCAGUGCCCAACUACAACGAUAUACAAUCGUAUUAUACGUGUAGCAGCAAUAAGGCUACCACCCUCCCAACAUUGAACAACUGCUCCUCAACUCAGUACUUCACCUACGUUUACCAGCAAUGCGACCCCUGUGCUGAUUACAUUCCCGCCGUGCCCUGCUCCUCGCUGAAGGUGCCCGUCAAUUGUACCAACAUUGCCGCCGUGACGACAGCAGCACCAACCACCGCAGCACCAACCACCGCAGCACCAACCACCGCAGCACCGACCACCGCAGCACCGACCACCGCAGCGCCGACAACCGCGGCACCGACCACCAAGGCGCCGACAACAGUCACAGUGCCCACACCACCCGUUGAGGAGGAGACAACGGCCAGUUCAGGUGAUACCACCAUUUAUGUGCCAGAGCCACCAUCGCCCAACGAGGGUCCCACACCACCUGGCCCAGACCCAACUGCUCCCAAUGUGCCAUCUGGACCACCAGUGGUCGGCUAAGCAGUGCACCAGUAUAUCACCAAUAGUAAACCAAAAGGAACUCCGUUAUGCAUUUUGCUCGCGCUACAAACAAUUUUCGAUUGAAUAUACAACAGUUUUCAAUAGUGCAAUGAAUACAACAAAUACAAGCUUAUAUACAACCUA